AUGUUACCGACUGCAUUGGUAGAUGACUUCCAUUUGAACAAUUUUGGAUAUGACCUCGAGGUUAAUCGCUUCAUCACUUUCCGAGGUAUAUCACCUUCGUCGGAAGCACUUCUCCAGGACUGUGAACUGAAGGCGACGACACCCGGGAAUACAGACUGGGCAUACAUUGCGCGGCACUUCAGGGUAUGCUUAAGGGUACAUUGCCACUAUGGCGAUAUUUGUGCUGAACUCGGCUGGCGCGAAAUUGCGGCGAGAGCCGAGAAGUGGGAUGAAGAUGGGAUUCCAGAUUCAGAUCGCGAUGUUAUGGACGUCGCUAUCCGUCAAUGGAACCUCCAGACUGCCGCCCACCUCAGUCUCCGUUACUCCGAGGACUCAGACUCGGAGUAG